GUCGAGUGUAAAGAUAAGUCGCUAUGGGGGCAGGCACGCUAUCCAAGCCAAGCGGGUCCACAACGGCAGAAGCGACCAUUGACACGAUCACCAACUACUCUGCCCAAGAGAUCGCUACGAUCGUGAUCGGGUUUGGGGCUGCGUACGAGCCGUACGGGGCGAAGAUUGUCGACAACGGCAUCGACGGGCAGCUCAUGGGCGAGCUCGGCAUCGACGAAGUAUCGUCGAUUGUGCAGACCCUCGGUGUCACCAACGCCAUUCACGUCAAGAAGAUUGCGUUAUUCUUCAAAUCGUUUAAGGAAAAACAGCUUGGCAUAACGUUAGCGAGCCCCCCCGUGGAUUCGCCAGCCAUAAGUGCAGCGUCGCCUGCGCGGUCUACGGGCAGCCGAAAGAUUCGAAGGACGUCCAUCGGACACUCUGUCGAGAAACAACAAACGAGUGAAGAUGUCCUCGCUAGCCUCCGCGCCUCCCUCGCCACGGACAACAAGGAGGUAUCGCCGGACCCCAUUGCUGUAGGAGCCGCCGUUCCAUCGGCUGCCACCCCUCCAGCGCAACCAACCACUACCUCAUCUUCACCACUCCCUGAACCAGCAGCCCAGGCGACCACAGAAUUAUCAUCUUCCCAACCAUUAGUUAGCCCUACUGCUGCACCUUGAAACGUAUGUUGGAGUGUUCACCACACUACAUGCAUCAUUUACACUUUUC